CGGCCGGUGACAUGAGCUCAUUUUCUGUCAACCAACAGCAGCAUCAUCACCAACACCUGCAAAAGAACAACCCUCUCCACCACAACAACUGAAACAACAACAACAACUGAAACAACAACGCCUGCAAAAGAACAACCCUCCACCCCAACAACGACAGCAUCGCAUACAACCAGCCCAGCAUCUAGCGUACGGUGGCCAUUCUCCUCACCCGCCGCCCUAAGCCAAAGCGACAGCCCUCAGAUCCGUCGCCAGCCACUAACGCCUCCACGAUGUCCUCGCCAUCCCCGCCACCUCCCCUGACACGGGCCAGGCCAGUCAUCCUCGACCUGCGCGCUGUGUUGGAGAAGCUCAACAACCCAACUGCAGCGGCUGACGAUCGCCAAGAUGCCGUUCACGCCAGCAACAACGACAGCAACGCGGAGUCCAUCGACCUCACCUCCAACCACACCGCACAUCCGCCACCCGAGCUGAUGCCGCGACCAACGUCCCCAUCUGCGCUCAAGCGGCAGCGCCUCUUCACUGCCAAGCCGCGUGCUGCCUUCCUCGCAGAGGCGCGUCAACAGCACGCCCUCAACACGUCCAGCACGUCCGCAGCCUCUCUCUCGCCGCAAUCGCCACAAUCGCCAUCCUCCUCCUCCUCACCUUCCUCCUCCUCGCUGCCGUCUCCAGUGCUCACGUGUUCCUCCUGCCAUUCGCCCUUGGCGUCGCCGACGGGGUCUUCUCCCAGCCUGUGCUCGCCCCCAAGCAGCCACGACAGCUCGCAGGCGUCCAUUGCUGCGUGCGGUGACCGCCGCACUUCCAACACGUCCCUCUUCGUGUCUGACGCCACAGACAGCGACUCUGACAGCGCCAUUAUCAUGGCAUUCACCCCAGCACCGCCAUCGUCGUCACGCACAGCAGCUGCCAGCCACAGUUUCCCUGUUUGCGGCAGCCGUGCCGGCACGCGCUCACAGGCCGCCAGCCUGCACAUGUUGCGGUCCGACAACAGCACCCACAUUGAUAAGAACAGGCGGCAGCCGCAGAGAAGCUCCAGCUGCUUCUCAUCGCAGCUCUCGCACACGUGUAUCUCAUGCUCGCUGAACCGCAGCACAGCAGCACCAACAUCGCAGACAACAUCGUCGUCGCCAUCACUGCUGUCCACCUCCAGGGCACCGUCUGUUGCACCGUCGUCCCCACACAUUUCCCGACGCCGAAGCAGCCACCGCCGCGUGUUCUUUGCAUCCACCGCAACAACGACCACGACACCGGAACGCGCAGACGCCCACGUGGCCCACGGGGCUGCGAGUCGUCAUCUACCAACGCGGCAGCCACAGCAGCAGGUGAUAUACAGGCAUCGACGUGCACGCUCGACCGCCAAUGCCGCGCUCAUAACAUCCUCCAGCCCCGUGUAGCGUGUAGAUGACAACUUCUCCGCGUGCGUGUGUGUGGGUGACAUGCAUAGGUCUCUUGUCUCUUUUUGUUGUUCUUUGCCCCCCAUUCAUGUUGAGUGCUUGCGCCAUCUCCAUGUUUAUACGCUUGCGUACGUAACAUGAUACCAUCAUGUCAUAGAGACGCCACAUCAAUCAAUGAUGAUAAC